CACUGGAACAGACUGUGCAAGGAAUUUCUUUAAGGCAUUAACCAGACCUAAACCUGAUUAAGUGUCUAAUUGGCUUGAUGGCAAGAAAACAAAUGCUAUAUACAAGUUCAUGGUGAAAGAGUUAUAGAGGCUUCAGGAGAGCUGAACAGACAAGAUGUUUAAAAAUCUAAAAGCAGUAUUUUCUAGAGCAAAAUUAUCACCUGAGGAAGCACUUUGCAAGAAUGAAGGUGUCUCCUCACCAUCCAAGGUAUCUACAGGCCAGGGUGAAAAUAAAAACAGAGCUGAACCACAGAAAGCAGAGGCCAAUAAGAAAACAGAACUCAUACCAAAGCAACAAGAUACAGUACCAGCAAAAGAACAUGAGCCUUCAAAAACUGAAAACUUAACUGAACCAGCUAAGACAACUCAACAGGAACAGCAUCAGCAAAAAGAUGGGAAAGAGGAUGCUAACACACAGAACCCAACACCUUCAGAUUUCAAAAUGAAUGAUUAUGCUGAUGCCCAACUUCAAGAUCUUGUCCGAAAAAUGCGGGAAAGGGCAACAGUCUAUAAGGAAAAGCUGAAAGACCCAGUGCUGUCCUCUCCUGAAGGCAGUCCUACAGCUUCACCAAGGAAGAAGCCUGCACCCCCACCAAAAGAAGAGAAAAAAGAAGAAAAGAAAGAGGAAGCAGAAGCAAAACCAGAGGAGGAUCACUACUGCGAUAUGCUAUGCUGUAAAUUAAAAAAACCUCCAGUGAAAAAAUACUUAAAGUAUCUGCAGCUACCAGACAGCAUAGACUCAUACACAGAUCAUCGUUAUGUAGCAUGGCUUAUGCUUGUGACAGUUGCCUAUAAUUGGAAUUGCUGGUUUAUUCCCCUUCGCUUUGUGUUCCCAUAUCAAACCCCAAGUAAUACAAUAUAUUGGUUUACCAUGGACAUCCUUUGCGAUAUCUGCUACCUGUGUGACUUAUUAAUUUUCCAGCCCCGAGUGCAAUUUAUAAGAGGGGGAGAUAUAAUAUCAGACAAAGUGGAAAUGAAGAAAUUCUACCGCAGCUCUAUUAAAUUCCGGCUUGAUGUGGUAUCAGUACUGCCGUUUGAAGUUUUAUACUUCUUCUUUGGAUUUAACCCACUGUUUAGAGCAAAUAGGAUGCUAAAGCAUAACACAUUCUUUGAGUUUAAUGAUCGUUUGGAAGCUGUUCUGGACAAAGCAUACAUCUACAGGGUCAUUCGAACAACAGGAUAUUUGCUGUUUAUCUUGCACAUUAAUGCAUGCCUGUAUUAUUGGGCUUCAGACUAUGAAGGACUUGGCAGCACUAGAUGGGUGUACGAUGGCGAAGGAAACAUGUAUCUGAGAUGUUAUUAUUGGGCAGUUCGUACUUUAAUCACCAUCGGUGGCCUUCCAGAACCACAAACUCUGUUUGAGAUAGUUUUUCAACUGCUGAAUUUUUUCCUGGGUGUCUUUGUCUUCUCCAGCUUAAUUGGUCAGAUGAGAGAUGUAAUUGGAGCAGCCACAGCAGGACAGAACUACUACCGCUCCUCUAUGGACAACACUGUCUCCUACAUGAACACUUACUCCAUUCCAAAAUUGGUCCAAAAUCGAGUUCGAACCUGGUAUGAGUACACGUGGGCCUCUCAGGGAAUGCUGGAUGAAUCAGAAUUACUGGAGCAGAUGCCAUCCAAAAUGCAAUUAGCCAUUGCAAUUGAUGUGAACUUUGCCAUCGUCAAUAAAGUUGACUUAUUCAAAGGGUGCGAUACCCAGAUGAUAUAUGACAUGCUGCUAAGGUUGAAAUCCAUUGUGUAUUUACCUGGUGACUUUGUCUGCAAAAAGGGAGAGAUUGGCAGAGAGAUGUACAUCAUCAAACAGGGUGAAGUUCAAGUCCUUGGAGGCCCUGAUGGUACAAAAGUCCUGGUUACACUAAGAGCAGGAGCUGUAUUUGGGGAGAUCAGUCUAUUAGCUGCAGGUGGAGGAAAUCGAAGGACUGCCAACGUGGUGGCUCACGGUUUUGCCAACCUUUUCAUUCUGGACAAGAAAACACUCAACGAAAUCUUGGUGCACUAUCCUGACUCAGAAAAACUUCUCAUGAAGAAAGCAAAGGUGCUGCUGAAGGAGAAGGGGAAACCUGCCCCAGGACCACCAGUGCAACAACCACGGGGCUUGGCCAGUCUCUUUGGGCAGAAACAGGAAACUCCAAAACUGUUCAAGGCGAUGCUUGGAGGCAAAGGGAAAGAUGGCCUUGUGAAGCUGCUGCAGCUGAAGAGACAACAGGACAUUCAGGAAACUCAAGCUGAAGCAGAGAACAAGCCUGAGCAAAAGGAGAUGAAACCCAUGGAGCCUGCAGCCCCAUCUGCCCCUCCUGCACAAAAGGAAGAGCCGAAUACAGACGCUAAGCCCAAACCUGCAGUUAUGCACAGAGGAACCAGUAAAGAGUCUCUGAUCAUUAGUAUGUCUCCAUCCCCCAGAGCAGGAGAAGGAGAGAUCCUUAAGGUUGAAGUUAAAGAGAAAAAAAAUAAAUAGAUGCUGCUUUGGGUUGUGACCACAUCUGAUGUCCUGCUGAAUUCAGAGGA